AUUUAACUAGACACCCUCAGCUUGGUUUUAUAGAUAAGAAUCAUUGUCUCAUAAAGUCACCUCUGACUUACAGAUUUAUGAUCCUAAUUUGAUCACCCUGUUGCAGGAGACCUUUCCUGCAAUGCAGUAAAUGUAAAACUUGUAGUGUAUUUGAGGUUUAAAAGGCUUCUGAAGUUUGUAAUUUCCACUUUGAAAUUUCAGACUUGAAUUUCCCUUACAAAUAAUGUUUCAACCCCUACAAAAAUGUCCAUUGAUUUUAAUCCACAUCAUUCACAUGUCCUGUUGCUGGCUCAAAUUACAAUCCUACAUCUGUAGGUCCAGUUGUUUAUGUUAUAUAAAAAAUGACAGGUUUAUAGACAGUACAGUAAUUUAUUAUUUCACUGCAACAGCCUGAAGAAAUAUACUAUCCGUUUAAGUGACUAUCAAAGUUAAAUGGCCCCUUGAGUAUUCACUGUUCAUUAUGAAAUGCACAGUAUUCCACAUGUACAGACACACAGGCAUUUGUGGAUAGACAAAUACACAUUCAUCCUCAGAGUGUUGCUCAAGGUGAAUGUGGGUAUUAUUGUACUGGAGGCCUUGGCAAAACGGCAGUCACUUAAAUCUGCUGCAGCAUUUAAGUGACUGGAUAUUUAAUUAGCCCUUCAGGUGAUGCCCCUCCAGGACAGGCAGGUCACCAGUAAUACAAGCCAGUAUUUGACGUUCAUCCAUGUCUGAGGACGUUGGGAGAUGAUGUGGAAACUGUCUAUUAGGGGCAACAGUGAGCACUGUUACCUUCAAGUAGAUUUUGGUUUUGCAAGGACAUUGUGGAUGGGGAUGGUGGAUGGGCUUAAGCUUCUACCUCUGAUUCCAACGGAUGCAUGUUUGAAUCCAGCAAAAGAAAGUUGUUUUUGAUAUUUUUUAUUUUAAACCUAUCCCAAACCUUAACCCUUACAUUAACCAUUCAGAGUUAAUGUCUAAACUUAACCCUAACCUUACAAAUGUGGAAUUAAUUCCUAAACUUAACCUUAAACACUUAAAAAUGUGAUGUUUGGAACAACUUAAAAAUGUGUCGAUUAAGACUGUGAGAGCUUGUAGCUUCAGGGAGAUGAAGACCUCUCUCCCAGGGAGAUCUAGAACCAGGGGCUCAGUUAGCUCAGUGAUGCCACCCACCCUGGUCCUCCUUGCCCACAGUCAGUCAACACUCAUUGAGGGGGAUAUUCAGAACGUACUGCUUUACAGUGAUAGCAGGUUUUCCCUAUAUGUUAUUAUUCACCUACAUAAUGGAGCUAUCCUUAGCAACAUCUGGUGUGACAUUGUAAAUAUUACCUAGAUACCACAGACAAAUGACUUGGAACCAAACCACAAAAUAUCUUGAAAUAAUUUGCUCAUUUAAGUAUUGUCUCUGUCUCUGAAAGUCUCACAGUCAUAAGCAUAGAUCUCCAAUCUUGGGUAAAAUCCUGCACUGCUCAUUUUCAUGGGCCAUAUGUAGCAUGUCCAUGGAAAUGAACCUUUCCCCAAAAGAGCUAGAUUGAGCUCCUGUGAAGUGAUGUAGAUUCAUUUAGAAUGGGACUCCACAAAGCUGGCUGCUGGUAGCAGACUGGGAGUGCCAGAAGUGCACAGCAUAGUGCACCGCCCUAAUCAUGUUAUCCUUUUCAAUGAUCUUUACACUCUCCAUACUGGACUUUAAAGUAUAUAGUAGGAUUUGUACCAGAUGACAGCAGUAUAAUAAUAGAGAUAGAAUCUCUAUGGUUAUUACCAUCGUAGUACAAGGAUACCUACAUAUAGUAAGCCUUUGAAUUAGAGAAAUAGGUAUUACAAGCACAAGCAGUUCCUGAGUGGAAUUGAUUUGCACAGGGAUUGUUUUUGUUACAUUCAUGUGGUAUUCAUAUGGUACAUGAUUGUUUUCCAUCUUUCUGAUUGAGAGAAACACAAACAGGCUGUAUAUAGUACAUGUAUUAUUGCUACGGAUUAUCAGAUCAUACGAGAGGACCUCAGUUUGUCUCCAUGUAGUAUGUCCUCUCUGUCUAGGAGGUCCUUGCUCUCUCUAUCUCUCUCUCUCUCUCUCUCUUCCUGUCUUCCUCUCCCUCUGUUCUUUCUCUGUGAAGUGGUAACCCCCACAGGACCACAGCAGAGUGCUAGCUGAAAGAGUAAUUAGUGCUUUCAAAGCGACACUGCUCCACUUCAUCCAUGACUCCUAUGUGCCACAGUACUCCACCACCCCCACCGCCACCUCAUCACACUCCAGGCCCCUGUCAUGUUCUCGUCAAGAGCAGCCACACCCAACCCGCUCCCCACCAUUCACACAAGGCGAAGUACAUCGGCUGCUAUAUCGACGACACAGCGAAAAGAGCACUUAGGGGAGUGUCCUUUUUUGAUUACAAGAAAAUGACGGUCUUCCGUUGCCAGGACAACUGUGCUGAAAGGGGAUACCUGUAUUCAGGCCUAGAGUUUGGGGCAGAGUGCUACUGUGGCCACAAGAUUCAGGCCCCCAACACCUCUGAGAGUGAAUGCAUCAUGCAAUGUAAGGGCGACAAGGGCAACCUGUGUGGAGGGGCCAAUCGCCUGUCCAUCUACAGACUGGAGCUGAGCCAGGAGUCAGCGCGCCACUAUGGGAGUGCCAUCUUUAAGGGGUGCUUCCACAGGCCUGACAACAUCACCCUGGCCCUGCCCAUCAGCGCUGUCAUCCAGAACAUGUCAGUGGAGAAGUGUGUGGACAUGUGCACGGAGAAGGAGCUAUCCCUAGCGGUCCUGGCUGGAGACAGGUGUCUCUGUGGGUUCCCCACCCCCCACUUCUCCCUCCAUGAGAUGGAGGAUGAGGACAUGUGCCUGCACCGCUGCCAUGGCGAGGAGUUUGAGAGCUGUGGGAAUGACGAGUACUUUGUGGUGUACCAGACACAGGUCCAAGAUAACCGUUGCAUGGACCGGCGCUUCCUGCCCACACGUUCCAAGCAGCUGAUUGCCCUGGCCAGCUUCCCCGGGGCUGGCAACACCUGGGCCCGCCACCUCAUAGAGCUGGCCACCGGCUUCUACACAGGCAGCUACUACUUUGAUGGCUCCCUCUACAACAAAGGCUUCAAAGGUGAACGAGACCAUUGGCGGAGUGGUAGGACCAUCUGCAUUAAAACACAUGAGAGUGGCAAGAAGGAGAUUGAAGCCUUUGACGCCAGCAUCGUCAUGAUCCGCAACCCUUACAAAGCCCUCAUGGCUGAGUUCAACCGCAAGUACGGCGGCCAUAUUGGAUUCGCCUCGCAGGCCCACUGGAGAGGGAAAGAGUGGCCUGAGUUUGUGAAGAACUAUGCUCCUUGGUGGGCGUCCCACACACUGGAUUGGCUGCGUUAUGGGAGGAACGUCCAUGUGGUCCACUUUGAGGAGCUGAAGAGGGACCUGUUCUCCAAGCUCAAGGACAUGGUCCUGUUUCUGGGCCUGGAGGUGGCCGAGAACCGCCUGCUCUGUGUAGAGGGACAGAAGGACGGUAAAUUCAAGCGCUCCGGCCUGCGUAAACUGGAUUAUGACCCGUACACACCUGAGAUGCGCACUAGCAUUGACGAACUGGUCAUGACUGUAGACGCUUCCCUAAAGAAGAGGAACAUGGCCGGGGUUCCGAAGGAGUACCGACCAACUCCGAGAUAAUACCUCCUCUCCUUUCCCUCUCCCUCUCUCGCCAUUUCUCACUCUGUUCUUCUAUCCCUUCCCUUCAUUCUAGGAUUAAUUAAUGGCAUCCAUGUCCAAAUGGCGUCAAAUAUAAAAGUCACAUGAACUGAAAAUCUGUGUGUAGGAAAUACGUUUUUAUUUAAUAUACUUCUCUGUUCCCCUCCACUUCUCUGUCUCCUUCUUUCUUACAUCCCUUUCCUUUAUUUGUUUGACUGACAGGCACACAACCGUAUUGAUUAGGACAACAGCAUCAUACUGUAUACUGCUUUAAAAAGGACAUUUAGCUACUUGGCAGAUGAACAUACAUUCAGCACAGCACUCUGCACAUUGAUUUUGAUUUGACCUUUGACAUUAGGAAACUCAAAUACAGACCAAUGAAAAGCACUUCUCCCUCUAUGCAUGUGUGUGCUUUAUGACUUAACAUGAAGGUACAGUAGCUGUGUUGGAAGCACAUCCAAGUAAAUAGUGGCUGGAUUACUGACCACAAAAUAAAAUUCCUGUUCAUCGGAAAGUGAUGAAAAAGCACUGUAAGAAGUCUAUUUAUAUGCAUAAUGUGCAUUACGAAUAGGAUCUGCUGCUAUCACAGAUUAGGAGAACAAAUACUCUUUCAUGAAAUGGUUUGAAAUGUCACAAAACCUUUUAAUGAUCUGUCAUUUUCAACUAAAUGUUUUGUUUUGUUAGAGAUGAAAAAUCUAUACCUCUACUUGCUGAAUACAGUAUGUUUGAGAGCAACUAGAUUUAAAAUUAGGAGGUGGUCAAAACCGUACUAUUGGACUUGGAUUUGGUUGGCGAAAACCCCCGUGUCCAUCUAAAAGAGGUAAUGAAUGGGACUGAACACUCAUCUCUCCAUCUACCCCUGUGAACCCACCAUGAGGCUAGAUCUUCACUCUUCUCAUACUUCAGCAGUAUUCUAACGAGAAGAGGUAAUACAGCACUAUCAAACAGCUGCUCUGCUUCUCUGAAGCAGUGGCCUCACUUAAAACUGUGCUGUAUCAGUCCUACUGUGCAUUACAGCUGUCCUUUUGGUUACUGGCAACAGCUCUGGAACACUAAAUAAUUAACACUCCAUAGUUUAUUUUGACCAUCAGGCUCUAUGGAACACUCCGGACUCUUGUCAAGACAGCCCUUUCAAUAACUAGCCUCGACUCAUCGACAGCUUGUUCAUCCUUGGUCUCCUCAGAUGUGGUCAGCCAGACACACUGCGCAUGAUACAUUUAUUGUGGAUUUAUUGAACGUAGUUUUCUGCAAACAGCGCUAUUUUGAAACUACCACUUCUGCUAAAUGACUCUGCAGAACUUGCUGCUUUCCUUAUAAUGGUGGUUUGAAGCAAAAUUAUAAUGUGGUGCCUUUUCUAUCAGCUGACUGUUGGCUUUAAGUUGAAAUGUAGGGAAAAUAAAAUGAUUACUAAUAUCAAAUAUUAUUGGUAAUGUGAAUAUAUUAUUGAUGAUAUUUGAUAUUAAAAAGUCCGCUUAAUGCAUCAUCAGACACACUAGUGUCAAGAGUGUUCUAGCUUAUGGAACAAAAUACCAAGGAUGUUGUUAUGCAAUUAUUGCAAAUAUUGUGUCAGUGCAAUGCACUGAUCGAACGUUUGAGGACACAUACAGAUUUCCAUUUGGCUCAUAGAUUUCAGGCUAAUACAGGCUGGGAAGAGGCAGGGUUAACAAUCAAUAAUAGUAUGCCACCUCACUGUGUGGUUGAGGCACAUUAGAUCAAGACUGUGGAGUUAUCAAGCAUACCCAGAGAGUUUAACACUUCAAUUUAUACCUUUUUAUGGGGGGGCAGUCAAAUUUGCCUGCCAAUAAUUACUCAAACACACCAAAAUCAAUCAAAAUGAAUAUUGUGUCGCUUAGGGACUUCAUAACUAAGAGAUAAUGAAGGUUCAUUAUUUAAAUAUUUGUCUUCUCUUAUUUAACUUGAAUAUGAUCCAAAAAGUGUUUCACUGUAAGGUUAAUACAGCUGUACCAUGUACUGUAGCUGAACGCUUACUACCCCAAAGGCCCAAAAGGCAUUUAUUCAAGUUAUAGAUGAUUUGAAAUUAGAGUUUUCCCCUCAAUGCUUUUUUUUCUUGACAUACAAUCCCUGAUCAUUUUUGUUGAAGGUGAGUAAUGCUGAAAGUGACACACCCCAUUUUCUAGAUUGCUUUGGUAUCGCAAAACAAGCUAUAUAAUAGUCCCAGCCAUAGGUACUGCGCAACAGAGAAUAGAAAGCUAAAAUACAUCAAAAUAAUCUGCAAGUGAAGCAUUUGAUUUUGUACACCCAGCACUUUAUGUUGACUGAUGUAUAAUGUGCGCGUGUCUCUAUUGGUCACAUGUAGAAAGAGUGCAAUGAAAGAAAAAAUUCCUUCCAAAAUAUACACAUAUAUUUUUAUAGUAUGUGCAACAAAAUGAAUAUAUUUAUAAUGCAACAAGUAAAUGGGAGCUAUUUCUUCUAUUUUUGACAUAGGACUUUAACUUUGAGUGUUUUUUGCUCUCAUUGACAGGCUACCACUAUCUCAAAAGGGGUGUCACAUUUGAAUGUAUUUUGUAUGGAAUGAAUGUAAUGUGAUUAUACCCAAUAAAUAAGGUAAUAGAAUGGAA